GGAGAGUCGGCGGAAGUGUGCCAAUUGUCGUAUGGAGCGCGAUCGUGAGAAGUGGGAGAGAUUCCGGGAGAGCAAAUUGGAGGCGAUGCGUCUGCACAAGUACAACGUGGAGCGACGGAUGCGCUAUGACUGCAACACGGACAAGCGCUACUGGAGUCAGCGGCAGGACAAGCUCAAGCGGUAUCCCAAGCAAGAGGCUCUCGAUCCAUCCUGGUACACAGACAAUAUCUACUCCAAUCAGAGCGUGGACGAGGAGGAUGAUUUCAGGGAGUUCAGAGGCGGCAGGCGGAUGAGACGCGGAUACGAUAGGAGGGAUUACAAUGGAAAUAGCGACAUGGACAGAUUCACUUUCAUACCAAUCAAACCGACAACGCCGACGAGAUACGGCGAGUUCAAGUAUCCCAAGUCCAGCAGCUACUCCUUCGGAGUGUCGUCGUACGAGAAAGCCAAUCCACGCGCUCUAGUGCCUAAAUCCCACUCAUUCAGUGUCACCCAGUCCUCGCCAAAGAUCCACAGAGACGUGCGAAACGGUUACCCACCGGAUGACUUCCACUUCCGCCGGAGGAACUACUCUUACGGCGAAGGCGGGAGCUUCCCAUCAUCAUACACUCGUAUCUGCGAUAGAGAUGGUUGUGUCAAUGAAUCGUGCCUAGCCAAGGAGUCAAAUAUGAUGAGCGUGCGAAACGAUCUCCAUCGACCUGACGAGUCAGAAGAGGACGAUCUUCCCCUGAGCAUGUGGCGCUUCAAGCGAUACGCCAAAGACCGAGCAUUGGCAGCCAAGCAACCGCGCAGCAGAAGGUUUUACUAUGGUGAGGACUUGUCGCACAACGACGACAGCAGUGUCUAUGAAGACGCACAGCUGGACUGCAACGAAGAUCGCUCAACACGAACUCGAAGCAGCUUUGUGGACGAAAUGGAGCAGCUGAUUUGCUGUGACAGACCUAAGAAUAGAAAACGCCUUUCUCUGUACGAUGACGAUAGCGUAUUUCAGAUAUCUGACUAUAGAUACGGCGCAACGAAGACAAAGAGCAUGCUGGAAGUGAAGCCGCCCAACAAGUACGACGACACUUCCUCUGAUUCCACAGACAUCGAACUCGAUGACUUCAACUUUGACUUCGAAAAGUACUGGGAAGAAUUGGACAAAUCACCAUCGCCCCAAGAAGAGGACUUUCAAUUCAAGAACUCCAACAUCAUUGGACGGCCAAAGGUGAAGAAUAGUAAUGCGGAGCGCUACAACAACGGCAGUCUGAUCGACGAAUGCAUACCAAGUGCCGAAGAAUUGCUGCUUUACGAACCGCCGCCGCCUAUUCUCAAGACGCCUUCAGCUUCUCUAGAUCCACCUCAGCCGGAGGGUUACAUCAACAAUCUGGCCUACAAUGAAGCCUACGGUGCUGACUUUUACCAACCAAUGACGCCGGUGCACAAGAUGUCUCAAUUCACGCACAAAGUCUAUCCCGAAUUGCAUCCGGCGCACCACAAGUAUACGAAUUUCUACCCUCAGGAAGCAUUUGUCCAAUCACCACCGCCUUCCAACGCUAUCAGUCUGAUCAACAACAUCUUCUCGAUCUACAAGCCCAACAAGUAUUCACCCCUGAAUUGUCAUACGCAGCAAAUCAAGCCGGAGCCUUGCAAGAAAAUCCUCAUGCCCAGCACCAUUCGUCCUCUCGGAGAGCACGGCUUCCUGACAUCAGUUAAGCGACCGCUGCUCGUGAAGCCGAUGCCCAGCCAAGAGCAGGCGCAGUUCAAGAUCAUCCCCGAGAAGACAGGCCUUCGGAUUUCACCACUGUAUCGAUUCGACUUCGGCAGUGGUUCCAAGAAGAAGAUGAAGCUGAAGAGCACAGCGCGACCGCUGCUCUUCCCACAUUGACGCCACCUGGACAAUCUUCCCACCUUCGAUCGGAUUCGCAACUGCCUGAAACUCCUCCUCGGCAACUGACGCUCCUCCGGAGUCUCUCCUGCGUGGCCACAAGUGUGAUUCAAGUACGAUAAUGCAGAAAAUACGGACAAGUGAGAGUUUCUUUUAGGGAAAAUCCCUCGAGGCGCGAGUCUCAACCAAAACCCAAGGAAAAAUGAUAGUAUUGUUGUUACUAAAGAAAUAUUAAUAAUGUUAUAGCUUACCAGAAUAGUGUGAGAGAGUAUUUUUACUACAUCCCAUGAUCAUAAGGCGAUUUAUAUGGACAAAAACAACUUUAAAAAACAUUGUGAGACAACCAUCAAAUGCAUGCUCUUGAGCCGAUGCAAAUGAAGCUACAUAAGUAGGAUCUUGCAAAUUCUAGUCAUUAUUGAGUAUUAAAGAAGUGGACAAUUUUCCGCAUUUGGAGAUUGUCCAGUAGAUUAGCAUUUAAAAAAUAAAAUCUCUGAGGAAGGAAAGAGUAAAAUAAUUAAGGAUACUUAAAUGUUAUGGACAUUGUAUAAAUGAAAACAUAAAAUGUGACAUAAUUACGCCCGAAUCUUAUGAGAACAAAAACAUUUAUAAAAUAUUUCUGAAUCACGGAACCGUCCGUUUUGCACCUUCACCUCCUGAACCCUGUUUUUGUGGACUUCCACCAGGAUUUCCAUCUCCGAACCACUCUGUUUCCGGAUGAUCAACACAGAGAUAUUAUAAGAUUCUCUAUGCACAGAAUUUACAUUGUUGUCUUAACCUACUUUAGUGAAAACACACAAGAAGACUUCACGUGUUGCAAUCUUCAAUGAUAAAAAAAAAACAUCUUCUGGAGACAAUUUUUAUUGAAUUUAUAAUCAUUUGAUAUGGGAAACAUUCAUAAAUUUCUUCCGUUAAGUCCAAAACCACUUCCUCAGUGUAAAUAAUUCAGAAAUUCCGUGAGGCAUUGAAAACCUCAGAGUGGGUAUAAAAGAAAAGUUUAGACAUUAGGAAGGAUCAUUUUCACAUAACACAACACACAAAAAGAGAAAAAAACAUUUGGUGUUGGGUCCAAAAGUCUUAUAAAUAUCAAGCAAGCAUUAUAAAUUUAAAUAUGUGGUCAGCAUGAGAGAACUUAUUUACAUAAUAUACUUGCAGCAGCAUUAAGAACUUAGGCUUCACCUCUGUUUCCAGGACAAGCAUAAAAUAUUUAAGAAAUUCUUCCACCCACACAAGGACGAGAGAAAGCGAAGAAUUACCAAACAUGUCAGAAUACUUUUAUUGCAGAUUUAUGACUUCUAUUGCAAAGUUUCAAGUGGAAAAACUUUUUGGAAGAUGUUUUGGGAGAUGAUAAAAUUUAUGUUGCAAUGUUAUAUCUUUGACAUAUAUAGAAAUAUACAAUAUUAUUGUAGUUAUAUCGCUGAAGUAAAUGUUUAUGUCUGUGUGUGUGUGCGAUUGUGGAGAAAUCCCACUGGAAAAUUAUACACAAGGAAAAACCAUGAGUGUUUUAGAGGCGUUAAGACCAAAGAGAAACAUUUUACCGAAGAGAAAACUCUAGGAUCAUAAGAUUUACAAAGGGUAUACCUUAAACAAUGUGAUUUGUGACGUCAGUGUUAUUAAACUACAACCAUAAUGAAGAAGAAAUACCCCUUUCCUAACUGAUAAUCACCCUUAUUUUCUAAUAGAUAAAAUUUAUCCAAAUUGUAAUUGAAAGUCUGUGCAUGAGUGUACAUAGGGCAGGAAUCUGGUCAAAGGAUGGCGAGAAGGAGUCAUUAAAUUGAAAGACCCAUAGAGCACGCCUUUAUAAAAUGUUAUUCAUAAUUAUUGACUAGUGGUAAUGUCCCCACUAAAUGGAUAAAAUAUGAAAAAGAUAUGAAUUGUAUAUGUAAUAUUGUAACUUAAAAUAAUGAAAUUUUAAUUAUACACGUAAUUAGUUAUACACAAUGAUUGUAAGCAAAUUGCAGAAAGAUAUUUGCAUUAUCCACUGUGCACGUUUUCUCCCAUGAAAACCACAAAAAAAAUGUCAGAAACCCUCAUAACUGUACAUUAUGCUGAAGAUAUCAGAGAUAAAUGUUGACAAUUGUUAAAUGCACCUGAAAGAGUCAUACCGAUUAUUGUACGUAUUGUAAUUCUCCUGUGAAAAACAUGUAAUUCUGAAGAGAUAAGAAAACGAUUGAGGGCCACUAACAGAAGAUACACGCAUAUCUCAAGAUAUGUGUAGAUCAGAUAUUUCUUAUUUUAUAGUUUACAGAAAUCAUUCAAUGCGUUUCAGGACAUUUUUUGAACAAGAAGCUUAUUCAAUUUUGCGCAUUUUUAGAUCAAAUGUAAUUAAGGCAAAAUUUGCAUUUUAUUAAACAAUCAUUCUGAAUCUAAUCAGUCUUAAAACACCCAUAAAAUGUAUUUAGAGAGCAUAUCUCUAACACAUGAAGAGCCUGAAGAAAGUUGCAAGAGAAAUAAAGGAAUAAUCACUUUACUUCCACGGCGUUUUUGAAUUAUUUAUCUACCAUUUCCUUCGGAGAGAAUCCCUCAAAAAGAAAAAAAGGUCUUUCUU